AUGUCCGGCGAAGCAAGCGGCGGGCCACAACCACAAGAUUACUACUCGGAAGGCGAACUACACAUAUUCAAGAAGCUAAAAGAGCAACUCGCGCCGGUCAAGCUGGAGGUACAAGACAUUAGUGGUGGCUGCGGUUCGAUGUACGCUCUAGAUAUAGUGUCUCCGAAGUUCAAGGGCCUACCGGUGAUCAAACAACAUAGGCUUGUAAAUCAGGUGCUGGCGGACGAAAUUAAGAAUUGGCAUGGCGUACAGCUGAAGACCAAGGCAGCGUAA